UUAAGAAGUCGUUAAGAUGUGAACAAUUAGGAAAAUGUAAAAGACUUCCGAAUCGUUUCAGUAUAAGAAUGUACAAGAAUAUAAGAUGUUUAUUAGUUGAAUACAAAAUUAUAAUUUUAUUAAGGUACAUAUGAUAUAUGAAAACAAGUCCCAAAAAAUUAUCAUUACCAAGUCGGUCCUAUGCGCAUGUUAAGGUUAAGCGCAUGCGUGUUUGGCUCAAAGAAAUGGGGCAAGGUUUUUAAUACAGCAUGGGUUGACGCAGUGCUUAGAAAAUGAGGGGUGGAAGUUCUGAACGUUUGGUCGUGCGGCCAUCCCGCCGUAGAGGAGAAACUCGUGCUAAACUAACGCGAUACAUAACCGUGAUAUUAGCAACAUUAUUAGGAGGAGGAGGCUCUGCUCUACUCUUCCUAGUCCCUUUGUACGCUGAUCCAGCUCUAAGUGCUUUGGCAGCAGAUUUCGACCCAGUUCCUGCAGAGUGCGUCACUGAGAGGCGCGACGACCGACUUGGCUUAGACAAUUGUACAUGGGCCUCAUGCAGAGAAGGAUGUACCAGUGAUGCUUACAAAUGCACGCAGCUGCAUGUAAAGUACAAAGCCCAUUCCGAAGAUUGGCGACCAGCAGUGUUGUUUGUGAACAUAAAAGGAUGUGGUUACCCACCUGCAGUCGACUGUGAAAACUUUACAACGAGCUACGGAUAUGUCGGUGCGAAAUACCCUUGUUUUUGGUCAAGAGCUGAUACAUCGGUCGUGGUGCCACGUUGGUCUCGAGGGGAACAGGUGGCGACUGUGACGAGGACCUUGGCGGUGCCGCUGUUCCUGUCUGGCUGCGCAGGCAUAGGGUUGUGCGCUUUGCACUGCGAGUGCAAGCCGCGCCGCCGCCGACGUCCUCCUCGCCGCCCUCCACGUCUGCCCACCCUCUCCCCUGACGACACGUCGGUCUACCGACUAGCUUAGUUAUAAGAGCACAAAAUUAUAUUUUCGGUGAUGUAAAUAAAAAUAUCUGUGUAAAUAUAUAGU